AAGGAGUUGAGUAUUAUCUCAUCUGAUAUAUAUAUAUUUUUGGUGUGGUGGCUGUCCUGAUCUGAAGUAAUAAAGAAGCAAUUACUUCAAAAGCGGCGUGUCCCAGACUCACCCAGGUGAGCUUUUCUGCUAUGGAUUUUGAGUUCCAAUUGAAGUUUGCCACAGGUUCAGGGUGGAACAAAUGGCUGGGUUUUCACUAGGUGAGGGAGGAGGUGAAAGUGGAACCCACCACCAGCACCAGUCACAGCCAGAGCAACAACCGCCCACUGAAAAUCCUCCGGGUAGCCUUUUCCUUUACUGGAACGGAGAGAUCUCAUUUAAUAACAACAACAAUAACAAGGGUUUCCAGCUAUGGCAACUUCAUCGUCAUCAUCAACAGUGUUUGCAAGAAAACAUUUGCUCUUCAUCAUCUUCCGAUGAGCUGAUCAAUUGGAGAGGACGAGCAGAAGCAGCGGCAACCGUGAGUGUGAGAGCGACGAGGAUGAGGCAAGGAAGUGGAAGUGGAAGUGGAGGAGGGGUGAGUUGCCAGGACUGUGGAAACCAAGCUAAGAAAGACUGUAUCCAUAUGAGAUGUAGGACUUGCUGUAAGAGCCGAGGGUUUCAGUGCCCGACCCACGUUAAGAGCACUUGGGUCCCUGCUUCUAGAAGGCGUGAGCGCCAGCAACAGCUCGCCGCUAUUCAACUACAACAACAACAACAACACCACCAUCAUCAACAGCCGCAGCUACGAGGUGAGAAUCCCAAAAGGCAGAGAGAUAAUACCAAUGCUCCCUCCCUCGCCUGCUCUCGUUUUCCCCCCACCUCGUCAGGAUUGGAAUUGGGGAACUUUCCGGCGGAAGUGAAUUCUCCGGCGGUGUUUCGUUGCGUGAAAGUGAGCUCCAUCGACGAAGCAGACGACCAGUAUGCAUAUCAAACGGCUGUUAACAUCGGAGGACAUGUAUUCAAGGGUAUCCUCUAUGAUCAAGGUCCUGAACUCCAUUACGGUCCUGGAGAAAGCUCCUCUGCAGGUGGUGGUUUAGGAGUAGGAGGAAUACAAGCUCCUCAUAAUAAUCUCAUCACGGCAGCUUCCACCACUAUAACAACUGCUACAGCAGCAGCAGCAGGAAUACUUGAUCCUUCAUCUCUAUAUCCACCAACACCCCUCAGCGCUUUUAUGGCCGGUACGCAAUUCUUCCCACCCCCAAGAUCUUGAAAGAAACUUAGGAGCUUGGCACUUUGCUUCAAGAGUCAACUCAAUACUAUUGCUAAAGUUGCAUCAUUUCGUCUAUCGCAAUGAUGUCCUCCACGGGAGCUGUACGUGCACCUCUUGGGCCAUCAUCAUCAUCGUCUCUUCUUUCCUUUUAGGUUCUUCUCACUAACCUUUCAUCACUCUUCUCUUUAUAUUAUUAUAUUCUGCAAUCUACAUUGUUGUUGUUGUUGUUGUUGUUGUUUUUCCCAGAACUUUUCAACACCCACACAUGCAUUGAUCUCAAAUGAUCAGAGAAAAAGAGAGAGAAGUAGCACCCCAGAUGUUUGUUUGUUUGCUUGUUCAUUCAGAUUUUAUCAGUUAUGAGUUAUGAGUUUUGAGUUCAAGUUCAUGUGUAGCGGGCGGGGAAGAGAGUUAGAGAGUUGGAGAGUUGGAGGGGAAGAGGGUUUAAAUGCGGGUCGAGUCUAGGUGUCUUAGUGCAUAAUGUCAACUCCAUAGUCAUCUCUUUCUCUGUUUGAUUUGUUUCUUUAAGUCCUUUCUUUAUUAUAGUUUUCCCUUUAAAUGGGUUGGAUUUGAUCUGGCUUUCUGGUUGAUUUUGAACUUUGAAGCCACUUUUUUCCCGUUUA